ACCCUAGAAAAAAAAAACAUAAACAAAGGUAAGCAGUUUUUCCUGAUGCGGUGAGUCGUCUUCUUUAUCAUGAACUUCCGUACGUCGUCAUCAUCCUGUCACGCUCCGAGAGACUUGCUUAAGAGUCGAGCAGCUGUAGUGCUAAUAAAAGCUCACCACAAAAAUAAUGUCGGGCGUGCCAGAUAUUUUGUCUGAAGUCGCACCCAGGAGAAACUAUUUCCUCGGUUUAGAUUUCAGCACUCAACAGUUGAAAGCAGUUGUAGUCGACGAGAAGCUAAAAGUCCUUCAUGAAGCAGCUGUCAAUUUUGACCGAAACCUACCUGAAUACAGGACAAGUGGCGGAGUUAAGAAAAAUGGAUCAACCAUCACCGCCCCAACAGUCAUGUGGGUAAAAGCACUUGAUUUGUUGAUGGAUCAAUUGAAAAUUACUGGUUUGGAUUUUCAAGAUAUCUCAGCAAUCUCUGGAGCUGGCCAACAACAUGGAAGUGUUUAUUGGCGAAAGGGAGCUGAGAAGGUGUUGAGUACUUUAGACCCCACAAAAUUCUUGUUCCUACAAUUGGCCAACUGCUUCAGUGUACAAGACUCACCAGUAUGGAUGGACUCUAGUACUCAAAGUUAUUGUGAAACAAUGGAAAAAAAGCUUGGUGGCCCUCAGAAAUUGGCUGAUUUAACUGGUUCGAGGGCUUACGAAAGAUUCACGGGGCAUCAAAUUGCGAAAGUUUUGACUGAAAAAGCAGAGCUUUACUUCAAUACAGAGCGAAUUUCUUUAGUCAGCAGUUUCGGAUGUUCCCUUUUUUUGGGAUCUUACAGCCCCAUUGAUUGGUCUGAUGCGUCAGGAAUGAACUUACUGGACAUUAGUUCAAAAGAUUGGGAUUCGCAGUGCUUAUACAUGUGUGCUCCUGAUUUAAAGGAGAAACUAGACAAACCAGUCGUUGCCCAUACAUGUCUUGGACCCAUUUCAUCCUACUUUGUUGAGCGGUAUAGCUUCGACCCAAGUUGCCAGGUCGUAGCCUUUACGGGAGAUAAUCCUGCUUCCCUAGCCGGAAUGUGUUUGGAAGCGGGAGACAUUGCCAUUAGCCUGGGAACGAGUGAUACAGUCUUUCUCUGGCUCAGCGGGAAACCUACACCUUCGCUGGAGGGCCACGUCUUUUGCAACCCUGUUGAUCCAGAUGCAUACAUGGCCUUGUUGUGUUUCAAAAACGGAUCGUUGACUCGCGAGAGGAUCCGAAAUGUCUACGCAAACCGAUCGUGGGAUCAAUUUGACGCUUUGCUGGCUUGCACGCCACCAGGGAAUCACGGUUACGUUGGCAUGUUUUUCGACGAGAAAGAGAUCACGCCCAAGAUUCAAGGUACAUUCCGAUUCAACGCAUCUGAUCAAAGAAUCAACGCAUUCGAAGAACCAGCCACGGAAGUUCGGGCUCUCGUUGAGGGACAACUCUUGGCUAAACGCGUUCACGCCGAACGACUGGGAUUCAGUACAGGUGAAAGCUGUCGAGUGUUCGUCACGGGUGGUGCAUCAAACAACAAGUCCAUUUUACAAGUUUUAAGCGACGUGUUCAAUGCACAUGUUUACACUCAGGAUACGGCCAAUUCAACAUGUCUGGGUUCGGCCUACCGGGCAGCCCAUGGAUUGGCUGUGAAAGAAUCUGACGUCUUCAUUCCAUUCAACGAGUUUAUGGCCGAUCGUCGUCCAAAUUUUUCUCUCCUCUGCCGUCCUAGACUUGAAGCUGCUCAGCUCUACGACUCCAUGGCUGCCCGCUACGCUACGCUGGAAUCUUCCGUCUUAACCCAGCUAUGAAACAAUGCAAAACUUAGAUGUUUUCCCCCACGUACAUCACACGCUUUUUAACGUUUUUGAAUUUACAAAGAUUAAUAAUAGCAACAAUACUGUCCAUGCAAGUCCAGCUUGUACAAACUCAACUAGAGAGGAAGAGUUUUACUAAUUUAUAUUUAACAUAAGCAAAUAUCUAAUAUUUCAAAAUGUUGUUAACUUGUUAUCAUUCACUCCGUGAAAAUCAAAACCACUGACCAAGGA